CUCUUCGUUCUCUUCUGCGGCGGCUGUAGUCAACACAACCUCCGCCUCCGCCCAGCCUCCUCCUCCUCCUACAACACGAUAACACCCCACCUGGUCAAGGCUCAAGCACUCCUCCUUCCCAUGGAGGUUGUAAAGCGCGGCCGUGACAACGCCCGCGCAUGAGGCGAUCCUGUCGACGGUGGCCGUGGAUCGAGGCCACAUGAGGUCAAGGCUCCACUUGGGCGUCGACUGAGCCGGCGGCAGCGCCAACAACAUCGAGCGUGGCCACAAUUUCUGUGAUAUAGUCUUGUUCUACCUAUUUUCAAUAGGAUUGACAAAUCUCGGUCAUUAUCGUUCAAUUUUCGGCCAUUUUCGUUCCAAAUUUCAAAUUUUGGUUUACUCUUUUGGUCCGGGAUUCUCCUAAAAAUUUCUGAAAUGACGAAUUUCGCCCAUUUCGCUAAGGUCCGGUAAAAAACAAAUCCAAAAUCUUGGCCAGGAGCAGGCGAGCAGCUCAUUCUCUGCCUAAGAGACUUUUUCUUUUCUUAUUUUUUUAUUUUUUAUUAUUUCUCCACUGCGCGUCGGCCCAGUCGCUUGCCCUUCCCCCGCUCGUCCCUGUCCCCUGCAUUUGCAUUUGCUCCCCGCCGUUUGAGUUGCAUCGGGGUUUUUCCAUGGACCCGGCUCCCGGAGGUCCAGCCGACCUCAUCAGCGUCCUCCCGGAGGAUCUGCUUCUGGAGAUCCUCGAGCGUCUUGGCUCCGCCCGCGCCGCCGCGGUCACCAGCCUCCUCUCCCGCCGGUGGCGCGGCCUAUGGACCCGGCUCCCCAGCCUCACCCUCAGUCUCCACGACCUCCCGUUCGGCUCGAUCGAGGCCGCGCUCCACCGCGCCGCCGCUCGUCGACGCCCCGGUGUGUACAUCUACCACCUCAACAUCCGCGUCGCCGGCGAGGCCGGCACGAUCGGCGCCGGGAGGUUCUCCUCGCUGCUCUGGGACGCCGCGAGGCUCUCGCCGGUGGAGCUGCGCCUCAGUCUCCCGCGGAACCUGCAAGUCUCCUGCUUGGAGGUGACACUGCCCAGCUUCCACCGCGCCACCUCCAUGGAUCUACGUGCGCGGGAACUCCACUUAACCGUAUGGGCAAAGCCAUAUGGGCCGAUCAAUGGCUGCUAUGUCCCCUUCCGCUCGCUGGAGAGGCUCUCCCUCUCGGGAUGCCACAUCGAUCUGGCCACCUUCAUCCCGUUCUGCCCGCGCCUGCGCGUGCUCCGGCUGAACACCACCGGUCUGAUAGACAUGAGCAACAUUACGGUCCACUCCGCGUCGCUGGAGGAGCUCGUCGUGGAGCACGGCAACAGAUGGACCGGCCGCACCCAUAUCAGCGUCAGCGUCGACUCCCCUGUGCUUAAGCAAUUGACAGCGUCCUUCCAUGCCUGCGGCAACAUCGGGGUGUCCAUCUUGGCACCAAUGCUGGACAAGGUCUGGUGGCGGUGCUCGUAUGCCAAGCCGAUCUAUGGGCUUGGUCUUUGGGGCCUCUCAGAGGUGGGCUUCAACACCGAUGCUGGGAGAGACGCCUGUGUGCAGCUCCCUAGCGUCCAUGUCCUGUCCCUACACAUAUCUGCCGUCCAAGUAUAUAUGUCUCAUAUCCUGCUUCUUCAAUUUAGCGCAAUUGCCGGCGAAACUGAACUUAUCCAGGAUGUCUUGUCGAACUGUUGUUUGUUGUUGCAGAAUUCAGUUAGCUUUCCAAAUGCAGAGCUCAGCACCAAGGGCCAUGUGUUUGGAGCUUUUGUGCUUGGGAUGCAUCUGAUUCGUACAGCUCUACGGAACCUUAAGAUUGUCCUGCUAAGAUCAGAGGUGAAAGAUGCAUGCCCAGUAAAUUGUCCCUGUGAUGAGCCUAAGAACUGGAGAACAGAAACUAUCACCUUGGCUGAUCUUGAAAACAUGGAAAUUGAAGGCAUCGGCGGGGAAGAUCACGAGUUUGAUUUCUUGAAAGUGAUAUUUAGAUGUGCUCCAAUGCUUAAAACGGUGACCGUGAGGCUGUCAGAUGGUGUCACUCCAAGUGUCGAUUGGUGCACAAAAGUAAACAACAUGUUCAUGGCAUAUCCUUCCGUCGAAUGCAAUGCUGAUCUGGUAAGCAGGUAUGUUGCAUGGUUAGCAUACUCAAUAGUUGCAAAAGGUUGUUUUAUGGUGGUACAGUUUAUCAGUCUAAACUCACCAUUUAGCCCUAUACCUUUAUUUUGAUCUUAAAGUAAAGCAGUAAUGGUAGAAAUGUGUCAAUGACAUGGUAAUAUAUGUUCAAGUUGACUUAGUUUUAGCUUGGUUCUGCCCUCUUUGUUUGCUGAAAAAUCGGCACUGUGAUGGUCCGCAUACUUCAGCAGUGUUCUUCGUUUUUUAUGCUACGCUUUUUCUUAGGUUCAGUUUCCCUUUUAACGCAGGCCAAGGGCACUAAAACCCAUUUAUUUUAUAUACAAGUCGUCCAUACCAUCAACUUUGGUCUACACGAUAUACAUGUCAGAUGCUAUACUGUUUUUCUUAUCAGAUGCUAUACUGUUUUUCUAGUCCACUGAAGUCUGGGUGUGCCUGCACUCCUAUAGUUGGCUGCAUAUGCUCAGAUUUUCUUUGUAAACAUUUUAGCCUGCACUCCAGUAGUCUGGUUAUUUCGUGCAUUUUUCUCUGUAUUUACAUGGACAGACUUCGGCCCUGUUCGGAGACCCGCCACUCCACCACUUCGCUCCCGGAGCUGGAGUCAAAAGGCAUGAAGCUGGGAAAGAGAUGCUCCAGCUCCUCGUAUUUUUAGGAGUUGGAGUGACUCCGAACAGGGCCUUCAUAUCUGUAAAUGACUGAAACAGGUCGUGUUUUACCUCCUCUGCCUUCAGGGCCAAAGCAGUGUGUUGACAUGAUUAUCUGCGGAUUAAGGGUGCUCAUUAACAAGAUCGUCCUCUCCCACGCCGACCAACUCCUAUCUGCUUUCAGGAUCUUGCUUAAUGGCUUUAAUCUAUGCUACCUCCUGUUGUUUUGCCACUGUAGUGGAGCUACAGACUUGAAGUGGUGCAGUCUCUGAUGUAAUUCCUAGCAUGGUUUCAAAUGUGGUACUGAUCGACUCCUUUUGGUCGGCUGGUCUGAAUAUUAGAUUUUUAAGUAUCUCAAGUUCUCAACCAAUGUUGUCCAAGUGAUGCCAUGUUAAGUACUUACGCCAAUGGCUUACAUUGAAGAGCAGUGGCACGAGGCUUCUCUUGCUGGUCAAAAUUAAG